GGCGCGAGCGGGGCGGCGGCGGCGGCAGUGUCUCCGGGACGCGCGUGGAGGUCGGUCGCUCAGAGCUGAGCUGCACAGUCUCUCCGCCUGCUGCUUAGGCGCGGCAGUGCCAGCGAGCGAGCGAGUCCCCGCGAACCCUCGGUGGCGCGGCCCCUCCUCGCAGCCUCUGCGGCUGACCGCUGGUCUUCCCGCUCGACCGCUCCCCCCUUCCGCGGCCUCGAGGCGCUUUCCGUUGGGCCGAUUCCCGCCCGCUUCCUCCUGCUCCCCAUCGAAGCUCCAGACAUGAGUUUUUCCAUCUCUUUAGAGAUGAACCAGAUUAUGAUGCAUGAUUAUCACAGAAGAAAUUCAUGUCUAUAGCUUUUAAGGACUUGAUUACAUCAUUUCAAGCCUGAUAGUUUUGGAAUCACCAUUUAGAGCUUAAGACACCUCUGCCUUCACUUCAACCACCUGUCUUCAUACCUUGAGGAAGUUGCUGAGUUUUAACACUCCUUUGUCCUUGGAUUGUCUAAGACUUCCCAGAAAUCCAUUUCUCACCAGUUCAGUAGCCAAAUUUAUAAGGAAAAAUGAUUCCCAACGGAUAUUUAAUGUUUGAAGACGAAAAUUUUAUUGAGUCUUCUGUUGCCAAAUUAAAUGCCCUGAGGAAAAGUGGCCAGUUCUGUGAUGUUCGACUUCAGGUCUGUGGCCACGAGAUGUUAGCACACAGAGCAGUCCUGGCUUGCUGCAGUCCCUAUUUAUUUGAAAUCUUUAAUAGUGAUAGUGAUCCUCAUGGAAUUUCUCAUGUUAAAUUUGAUGAUCUCAAUCCAGAAGCUGUUGAAGUCUUACUGAAUUACGCCUACACUGCUCAGUUGAAAGCCGAUAAAGAAUUGGUAAAAGAUGUCUAUUCUGCAGCAAAAAAGCUGAAGAUGGACCGAGUAAAGCAGGUUUGUGGUGAUUAUUUGCUAUCUAGAAUGGAUGUUACCAGCUGCAUCUCCUACCGAAAUUUUGCAAGUUGUAUGGGAGACUCCCGUUUGUUGAAUAAGGUUGAUGCUUAUAUUCAGGAGCAUUUGUUACAAAUUUCAGAAGAGGAGGAGUUUCUUAAACUUCCACGGCUAAAGUUGGAGGUAAUGCUUGAAGAUAAUGUCUGCUUGCCCAGCAAUGGCAAAUUGUACACAAAGGUAAUCAACUGGGUGCAGCGUAGCAUCUGGGAGAAUGGAGACAGUCUGGAAGAGCUGAUGGAAGAGGUUCAAACCUUGUACUACUCAGCUGAUCACAAGCUGCUUGAUGGGAACCUACUAGAUGGACAGGCUGAGGUGUUUGGCAGUGAUGAUGACCACAUUCAGUUUGUGCAGAAAAAGCCACCACGUGAGAAUGGCCAUAAGCCGAUAAGUAGCAGUUCCACUGGAUGUCUCUCUUCUCCAAAUGCUACAGUACAAAGCCCUAAGCAUGAAUGGAAAAUCGUUGCUUCGGAAAAGACUUCAAAUAACACUUACUUGUGCCUGGCUGUGCUGGAUGGUAUAUUCUGUGUAAUUUUCCUUCAUGGGCGAAACAGCCCACAGAGCUCACCAACGAGUACUCCAAAACUAAUUAAAAGUUUAAGCUUUGAGAUGCAACCAGAUGAGCUAAUAGAAAAGCCCAUGUCUCCCAUGCAGUAUGCACGGUCUGGCCUGGGGACAGCAGAGAUGAACGGCAAGCUGAUAGCAGCAGGUGGCUAUAACAGAGAGGAGUGUCUUCGAACAGUCGAAUGCUAUGAUCCACAUACAGAUCACUGGUCCUUUCUUGCUCCCAUGAGAACACCAAGGGCUCGAUUUCAAAUGGCUGUACUUAUGGGCCAACUCUAUGUGGUAGGUGGAUCGAAUGGCCACUCAGAUGACCUGAGCUGUGGAGAGAUGUAUGAUCCAAGCAUAGAUGACUGGACUCCUGUUCCAGAAUUGAGAACUAACCGUUGUAAUGCAGGAGUAUGUGCUCUGAAUGGGAAAUUAUACAUCGUUGGUGGCUCUGAUCCAUAUGGUCAAAAAGGACUGAAAAACUGUGAUGUAUUUGAUCCUGUAACAAAGUCAUGGACAAGCUGUGCUCCUCUUAACAUUCGUAGACACCAGGCUGCAGUCUGUGAGCUUGGUGGGUUUUUGUACAUAAUUGGAGGUGCAGAGUCUUGGAAUUGCCUGAACACAGUAGAACGUUACAAUCCUGAAAAUAACACCUGGACUUUAAUUGCACCCAUGAAUGUGGCUAGGCGAGGAGCUGGCGUAGCUGUUCUUGAUGGGAAAUUGUUUGUAGGUGGUGGCUUUGAUGGUUCUCAUGCCAUCAGUUGUGUAGAGAUGUACGACCCAACGAGAAAUGAAUGGAAGAUGAUGCGAAGCAUGACUUCACCAAGGAGCAACGCUGGGAUUGCAACUGUAGGGAACACCAUUUAUGCAGUGGGAGGAUUUGAUGGCAAUGAAUUUCUGAAUACGGUGGAAGUCUAUAACCUUGAGUCAAAUGAGUGGAGCCCCUAUACGAAGAUUUUCCAGUUUUAACAAAUUUAAGACCCUUUCAAACUAACAGGCUUAGUGAUGUAAUUGUGUUUAGUAGAGGUACACUUGUGAAUAAGGAGGGUGGGUGGGUAAUAGAUGUUGCUAACAGCAACACAAAGCUUUUGCAUAUUGCAUAUUAAACAUGCUGUACAUUUUGUGUUUAUUGGGAAAGGAAUGCAAAGAUGAAGGUCUGUUUUGUGUAUUUUUAGGACUACUUUGGUUAUUUUACUUUUUGGAAGUUAAUAUUGUAAAAGAAUAAACGAAGACUUGAUCAGGCAUGUCAUUUCAAGAAGUCCCCUCCUCCACAUUUGUUUUUGCCAAUUUGCACAUUAAAUGACUCUUCCCUCAAACAUGUAUAAUGGGGCAAGGGGGUAGGGUUUAAGAUCUAGACAGUUGGGUUUUUUUAAGGGCCCUUUUUCAAUAACUGGAACACUCUAUACAAAAGAGACUUCUUUAACUAGAUGACAAUGACUAUUUUUGUUUUUAUUAAAAGAAAGCGGACAUGCCUACCAAGACUUAAUCUUUUAUGAUUGCCUUUUUAUAACUCAACUUUUUAUAUUCUCAGCACAGUGCUUUACCUAUUGACGAUAGGGCGGAUUCAAAUAGCGAAGCAGAGUUGCGGUCUCAAAGGAUGCAGAGUAGGGUGUUUCUGUUCUACGCCCACAGUGCAAACUUCGAAGCUUUUGCCUCAGCUACUUUUUUUUUUUUUUUUUUUUUUUUUUUUUUUUUUUGGAGACUGCAGUACCAAUAGUUUAUUUGAACAGUAACGUAGCUGUGAUUUUUAUUUGAAACACUGAUUUCAAAUAUUCUGACUUCUUGAGGGUAUAUUUUAUAUAGCAAGACACUUAAUAUAUAACAGUAAAGAAUGGUGAAGUACUUUAUUUUCUAAAUAAUUCCUGUCUUUAUUUAUCAUUAACAAUCCUAAAUAGCACCCUCGAUUGUGAAAAAAAUUAAAACUGUAUUGGGUUUAUGAAUGCAGCCUUUAUCAGAACUAUGUUUUUGCUCAGUUUUUCUCUUCAUAUGGAUAAAUACUGGUUGGGGUGACUUUAUGGAAUGUGUAGUGCUGCACAUAUAACUUAUGGUGCCAAAAUUAGCACAUCCUAAUGCUUGCUGCCAAUGCAAACGUAUUAAAGGUACUUAGCAGGAAAUCCUUGCACCAUGGAA